AUGAAAUCGACACAAAAAAACAACAAUGAUAUGGAAAAAAAGUUUAUUGAAUUAUCUAAGAAAUUAAAAGAAAUUCGUGAAGAAAAUGAGUUUAAUGAAAUUGAUUUAAAUCAUCUUCAAUUAAAAUUAACACAAAUUACAAAAGAAUUUCUUCAACUAUCAAAUAUUUCUAUUCGACAAGAUUUACAUGAAUUUAUCGAAAAAACUUCACUUACUAUUUCAUUAUUCGAACAAAUUCAAAUAAAAAAGAAUAAAUUUCAACAAUUUGGAAUUACUGUUGCUGGAGGAAAUGGAAAAGGAGAGAAUUUAAAUCAACUCCGUUGUCCUUAUGGGAUUUUUAUUGAUAAUGAGAAAUCAAUUUAUAUUGCUGAUUUUCGGAAUCAUCGUAUUGUUAAAUGGAAAGUGAAUUCAAAUACUGGUCAAAUUAUUGCAGAUGGAAAUGGAAGAGGAAAUGAAAAUAAUCAAUUGAGUUGUCCAACAGAUAUCAUUUUUGAUAAAGAAAAUAAUUCUUUUAUUAUUGCUGAUCAGGGAAACAAACGAGUUAUUCGAUAUUUUGAUAAUAAGCAAACAAAUCAACAAAUUAUUAUUUCAAAUAUUAACUGUUAUGGUCUAACAAUCGAUAAAAAUGGAUUUAUUUAUGCUUCUGAUUAUGUGAAUCAUGAAGUAAGACGAUGGAAACAAGGGGAUACAAAUGGUGAAUUGGUUGCAGGUGGAAAUGGUAAAGGAGAUCAUCUCAAUCAACUCAAUGAACCUACUUAUAUCUUUAUUGAUGAAGAUGAUUCUCUUUAUAUAUCAGAGUGGGGGAAUCAUCGUGUGAUGAAAUGGAAAAAAGAUGCAAAACAAGGAAUUAUUGUUGCUGGUGGAAAUGGUUAUGGAAAUAGUCUCAAACAAUUAUUUCAUCCUUGGGGAGUGACUAUUAAUCAUUUGGGUCAAAUCUAUGUGGCAGAUUUGAAAAAUCAUCGAGUGAUGCGUUGGUGUGAAGGAAAUGAAGAAGGUGAAAUUGUUGUUGGUGGAAAUGGAAGUGGAAAUCAAUCAAAUCAAUUGAAUUUUCCCGCAGCUUUAUCAUUUGAUAAUGAAGAAAAUCUUUAUGUUGUUGAUUUUGGAAAUCAUCGAAUCCAAAAAUUUGAAACAAUUUUAGAUUAA